AUGUCUCAAGAACCCAGAAAGAAUCCAGAGAAAACGACAUCCCAGGAAGCAAAACCCACCCGACCAACCCCCCCAACCUUCCUCGACUCCACCUGGACCUGGUCCUCCCCCUCCACCUGGCCCUUAACCAUCAAACUCCUCCCCGUCUUCAUCGCCAUCAUCUCCAUCUACCUCGCCGUCGCUUUCCCCGCACUCUUCGGCGACCCGGUCUCCCGUUUUCUGGCCGACACCUCCUGCACGGGGGCUUUCAACUACACGUUCCAGAUCGCCGCCGCGAAACGGCAUGCCGAGGAGCUCGCGACGCAUGACUGGGAGAUUGGCACCGCGGGGGAAGCGCUGCUGGAAUUGCUUUCGCCGCACAAAGCGGUUUUUGGACGGGUUCCGUUCCCGAGGGGGAAGGUGCCAUAUGAUUUCGUUAAGAUGGAUGAGGCGCUUACGUUUGUGUUUGAGAAGGUGAGAGUUUGGGACGGGCCGACUAUUGUCGAGGAUAGUUACUCUGUAUCUGAUCCUGCUUCUUUGGGUGUGAGCGCAGUGAUGAUUGGGCAGGUGUGGAAGGGGUGGUUGCGGGCUGCGGAGGCGCAGAAGGAGUAUUUAUUGAAGGAUGCUCCGAGGUAUGGGAAUGGGGCUAUCAGUCAUCGGGUGGAGGUGGCGGAGCUGUGGAGUGAUGCUGUGCAUAUGGUUCCGCCGUUCUUGGCGUACUAUGGGGUGGCGACGAAUGAUCUCGAGUGUGUGAGGGAGGCGGUGCGGCAGGUGGAGUUGUAUAGAGAGGUGUUGAUGUUGAGGGAUGGGGAGAGGAAGGAGUUGUGGAGGCAUAUUGUGGGACCGUCGGAGAUGGCGGAUGAUGGGGCAUGGAGUACGGGCAAUGGGUGGGCGGCGUAUGGGAUGGCGAGAGUGAGGGCCACGAUCGCUGGGUGGGAGAAGAGUAAAGAGAUGAUGGAGAAGGAGAUUGCCGCGCUGGACUCGUACAUGAUUGAGAUCAUCGACGGAGCUAUCAGGACGGACGACCACGAAUCUGGACUGCUAAGGAAUUACCUGGGAGACAGCACCUGGUUUGGCGAGACGGCGGGUACGGCGCUGCUGGCUGCUGCUGCAUAUCGUUUAGGGAUGUUUAUGGAGCAGAACGCUGGACGGGAUCACAUCUUGCAAUGGGCUGACGAGAAAAGGAGGGCAGUUGUUCGGCAUGUGAACGACGAUGGUGUUGCGAGACCGGCUGUGCAUUCGUUGAAGCACGAUCAGCGGCAGCCCUUUGAAGGCAUCAAUCCUGAGGGCGAGAGCUUCUUGUUGUUGAUGGGAGCUGCUUGGAGGGACUGCGUUUGUGCUGGGGUGCGUUCAAGAGAGGGUUGA